AUGGACGUGCUGGCUGACGAGUUCGGGGGCUUGAGUCAGGAGCAAAUGGCGGCCCCCAUUCCGACGGUGGAGGAAAAAUGGAGGCUGCUUCCGGCUUUUCUGAAGGUGAAAGGGCUUGUGAAACAGCACAUCGAUUCGUUCAAUUAUUUCAUCAACGUAGAGAUAAAGAAGAUCAUGAAAGCAAAUGAAAAGGUCACAAGUGACGCAGACCCCAUGUGGUACUUGAAAUACCUUAAUAUCUAUGUGGGUCUUCCAGAUGUUGAAGAAAGCUUUAACGUUACGAGACCAGUAUCUCCUCAUGAGUGCCGUUUGAGAGACAUGACAUACUCUGCCCCAAUUACCGUGGAUAUUGAAUACACCCGCGGUAGCCAGAGGAUUAUCCGCAAUGCCUUACCCAUCGGCAGAAUGCCCAUAAUGCUGCGCAGCUCCAACUGUGUUCUGACAGGGAAGACUCCAGCCGAAUUCGCCAAGCUAAAUGAAUGCCCGUUAGAUCCAGGUGGCUACUUCAUCGUUAAAGGGGUAGAAAAGGUCAUUCUCAUUCAAGAACAGUUAUCCAAAAACAGGAUCAUUGUGGAAGCCGACAGAAAAGGGGCAGUCGGGGCCUCAGUUACCAGUUCCACCCAUGAGAAGAAGAGCAGAACCAAUAUGGCUGUGAAACAAGGAAGAUUUUACCUGAGACACAACACUUUGUCUGAAGAUAUACCCAUUGCAAUCAUAUUUAAGGCCAUGGGCGUUGAGAGUGACCAGGAGAUUGUGCAGAUGAUUGGUACAGAGGAGCACGUGAUGGCUGCCUUUGGCCCCAGCUUGGAAGAGUGCCAGAAAGCUCAGAUUUUCACACAAAUGCAGGCCCUGAAGUAUAUAGGAAACAAAGUGAGGAGACAGAGGAUGUGGGGAGGCGGACCCAAAAAAACAAAGAUGGAAGAGGCGAGAGAACUUCUGGCUUCAACAAUUUUGACUCACGUUCCGGUAAAGGAAUUUAAUUUUCGUGCCAAGUGUAUCUACACUGCAGUGAUGGUGCGCAGAGUAAUUCUGGCCCAAGGAGAUAAUAAAGUGGAUGACCGAGACUAUUAUGGCAAUAAGCGACUGGAAUUAGCAGGACAACUCCUGUCUCUUCUUUUUGAAGACUUAUUCAAAAAAUUUAACUCUGAAAUGAAAAAGAUUGCUGAUCAGGUCAUUCCUAAGCAACGGGCAGCCCAGUUUGAUGUGGUGAAACAUAUGCGCCAAGAUCAAAUCACCAAUGGCAUGGUAAAUGCCAUCUCUACAGGAAACUGGUCCUUGAAGAGAUUCAAAAUGGACCGUCAAGGAGUGACCCAGGUAUUGUCCCGUCUGUCAUACAUCUCUGCUCUGGGCAUGAUGACCAGGAUCUCUUCUCAGUUUGAAAAGACGAGGAAAGUGAGCGGUCCACGCUCCCUCCAACCUUCUCAGUGGGGGAUGCUCUGCCCAUCGGAUACUCCUGAAGGAGAGGCUUGUGGGUUGGUCAAAAACCUGGCUCUGAUGACGCACAUUACUACCGAUAUGGAAGACGGACCCAUUGUUAAAUUAGCCAAUAACCUAGGAGUGGAAGAUGUUAAUUUAUUAUGCGGUGAAGAGCUAUCUUACCCAAAUGUAUUCCUUGUUUUUCUCAAUGGUAAUAUCCUGGGUGUUAUUCGAGACCAUAAGAAGCUAGUGAACACAUUUCGACUGAUGAGGAGAGCUGGAUAUAUCAAUGAAUUCGUUUCAAUCUCAACAAAUCUUACCGAUCGGUGUGUCUACAUUUCCUCCGAUGGAGGGAGAUUAUGCAGACCCUACAUUAUAGUAAAGAAACAGAAGCCUGCUGUUACAGACAAACACAUGGAAGAACUGGCCCAGGGAUACAGGAAUUUUGAAGAUUUUCUGCAUGAGAGCCUGGUUGAAUAUCUGGAUGUAAAUGAGGAAAAUGACUGUAACAUUGCAUUGUAUGAACACACAAUCAAUAAGAACACUACACAUUUGGAGAUUGAACCAUUUACACUUCUCGGUGUUUGUGCAGGGCUGAUCCCAUACCCUCACCAUAACCAGUCCCCAAGGAAUACGUAUCAGUGUGCUAUGGGGAAGCAAGCCAUGGGUACUAUUGGAUAUAACCAACGGAAUCGAAUCGAUACCCUUAUGUACCUGCUGGCUUAUCCACAAAAGCCAAUGGUUAAAACGAAGACCAUCGAAUUGAUAGAUUUUGAAAAACUGCCAGCUGGUCAGAAUGCCACUGUUGCUGUGAUGAGUUACAGUGGUUAUGAUAUUGAAGAUGCUCUAGUUUUAAACAAGGCCUCCUUGGAUAGAGGUUUUGGGCGAUGCCUUGUAUAUAAAAAUGCCAAAUGUACACUGAAGCGGUAUACAAAUCAGACAUUUGAUAAGGUUAUGGGACCAAUGUUGGAUGCUGCCACCCGGAAACCUAUCUGGCGACAUGAAAUUUUAGACGCUGAUGGCAUUUGUUCUCCAGGUGAGAAAGUAGAAAACAAACAAGUGCUUGUGAACAAGUCCAUGCCAACAGUGACCCAGAUUCCUCUAGAGGGAAGUAAUGUACCUCAGCAACCACAGUAUAAAGAUGUACCAAUAACCUACAAGGGUGCCACUGAUUCAUAUAUUGAAAAGGUAAUGAUAUCUUCAAAUGCGGAGGAUGCUUUUCUAAUCAAGAUGCUCCUACGACAGACCAGGCGUCCAGAAAUUGGAGAUAAAUUUAGCAGCCGUCAUGGGCAAAAAGGUGUGUGUGGAUUGAUCGUUCCUCAGGAAGACAUGCCAUUUUGUGAUUCCGGAAUCUGUCCCGAUAUCAUAAUGAACCCUCAUGGCUUCCCAUCACGCAUGACGGUGGGGAAACUGAUUGAACUGUUGGCUGGAAAGGCUGGAGUUCUUGAUGGCAAAUUUCAUUACGGAACAGCAUUUGGAGGGAGCAAAGUUAAGGACGUUUGUGAAGACCUUGUUCGCCAUGGUUAUAAUUACUUGGGCAAAGAUUAUGUAACAUCUGGGAUCACCGGGGAACCCUUAGAAGCGUAUAUCUACUUCGGUCCAGUGUACUAUCAGAAACUCAAACAUAUGGUGUUGGACAAGAUGCACGCAAGAGCCCGGGGUCCCAGAGCAGUUCUUACCAGGCAACCCACUGAAGGUCGAUCCCGGGACGGCGGUUUACGCCUUGGAGAAAUGGAACGGGACUGCCUGAUAGGUUACGGAGCCAGCAUGCUCUUACUGGAGAGGCUAAUGAUUUCAAGUGAUGCCUUUGAGGUAGAUGUCUGUGGACAGUGUGGACUCCUGGGAUAUUCAGGCUGGUGUCAUUACUGCAAGUCUUCAUGCCAUGUGUCUUCUCUGAGAAUUCCUUACGCUUGCAAGUUGCUCUUUCAAGAACUCCAGUCUAUGAACAUUAUCCCCCGACUAAAGCUCUCAAAGUACAACGAAUGAAGACCUAACAGACGAUUAUUUUUCAAAGCUGUUCAGCUACAAGGAUUUUCAACAAGAUCAGGAAUGACUGGAAAAAGCGUAGAUUUCUGAAACAUUAUUUCGUUCGUUCACCCUAGGUUUUUUUAUUUAAGUUAUAAAGAAACUUUUUUCUUGUAGUACAAGAUGCCUCGAACCCUUUUUACUGAGCUUCGAGAGAGGCACCUGGAACUUUGACUAAGCUCAGUGGUUUAAUAUGUAAGUAUUAGAAAAUAAAUGAAAUUUAAAGUA